AGACAGGCGAGGUGAGAGGUUAGCUGGCUAACCUAGUCCUUCCUACUAGCUCGCUCAAAGCACAUAGCAAAGAUCCCAUUUAGACGCUCAAACCCCAGGACGCCGAAACGGACUGCACGUCUCAUCCCUCUUAAGUUUGCUCUGAGGAAAUUCGGCAGAAAGGCAGGAAGAGGAGAUGGGGUUCCAUAGCGAGUGCAGUCUUAGUUCUUCUUAAGAACUGGCGGUGGUUUAGGGCUUUAUAUCCGGGAGGAGCCUGUGUCACCACACUGCUCUCCAGGAGGACCGGGAGCCCGCUCUGCCUAUCGCUCUCCACCCCGCUGCACCGCCACUUCAAUGCUCCGCAGGUCUCCGGCUGCUGCUCUUUCGAAGGCGCCCGAGGACCAGGGGCGCCCAGUGCCACCGCUCACUCGGCCGGGCGCCGACGCCUGAACCGCGCGCCCUUGGGCACCCACGCCGGUGCGCCCGGCGCGUCCCCGUGCGCUUUAGCCCUCUUUGGGCCCGCAAGGGACAGCCCUAGCCAGGAUGGCCCCCGGCCAGGCGGUGGCCGGGAUCUUGCUGCUGGCCGCGGCGGGCCUCGGCGGGGCUGUGGCGGGGCCCUGGCUUGCCUUUAGCGAAGAUGUGCUGAGCGUGUUCGGCGCGAAUAGGAGCCUGUCGGCCGCGCAGCUCGGGCGCCUGCUCCAGCAGCUGGGAGGCUCCAGGGCGGAGGGCGCCCAGCAACUUGCGCAGCUGCACUUUAACCAGUGUUUGUCAGCUGAAGAGAUCUUUUCCCUUCAUGGCUUUUCAAAUGCUACCCAGGUAACCAGCUCGAACUUCUCUGUCAUCUGCCCAGCAGUCCUUCAGCAACUGAGUUUUCACCCUUGUGAUGAGCAGUCCAUGCACAAGACCAAACCAAGUCAUUCCGAAGUUUGGGGAUACGGAUUCCUGUCAGUGACAAUUAUUAAUCUGGCAUCUCUCCUUGGAUUGAUUUUGACUCCAUUGAUAAAGAAAUCUUAUUUCCCCAAGAUUUUGACCUAUUUUGUGGGGCUGGCUAUUGGGACUCUAUUUUCAAAUGCAAUCUUCCAACUUAUUCCAGAGGCAUUUGGAUUUAAUCCCAAAAUUGACAACUAUGUUGAGAAGGCCGUUGCUGUGUUUGGUGGCUUUUACCUACUUUUCUUCUUUGAAAGAAUUCUUAAGAUGUUAUUAAAGACAUAUGGUCAGAAUGAUCACACUCACUUUAGUAACGAUGACUUUGGUCCUUCUCAAGAAAAAACUCAUCAACCUAAAACGUUACCUGCCAUCAAUGGUGUGACAUGCUAUGCAAAUCCAGCUGUCACAGAGCCUAAUGGACACAUCCAUUUUGAUACUGUCAGUGUGGUAUCUCUACAGCAUGAAAAAAAGGAGUCAAGCUCGUGUACCUGUUUGAAGGGGCCCAAACUGUCAAAAAUAGGGACAAUUGCCUGGAUGAUAACGCUCAGUGACGCCCUCCACAAUUUCAUCGAUGGCCUGGCAAUUGGGGCUUCCUGCACCCUGUCUCUUCUCCAGGGACUCAGCACUUCAAUAGCAAUCCUGUGCGAGGAGUUUCCUCACGAGCUGGGGGACUUUGUGAUCCUACUCAAUGCAGGGAUGAGCACUCGACAAGCCUUGGUAUUCAAUUUCCUUUCUGCAUGUUCCUGCUAUGUUGGGCUAGCUUUUGGCAUUUUGGUGGGCAACAAUUUUGCUCCAAAUAUUAUAUUUGCACUUGCUGGAGGCAUGUUCCUCUAUAUUUCUCUGGCGGAUAUGUUUCCAGAGAUGAAUGAUAUGCUGAGAGAAAAGGUAACAGGAAGAAAAACUGAUUUCACCUUCUUCAUGAUUCAGAAUGCUGGAAUGUUAACUGGAUUCACAGCUAUUCUGCUCAUUACUUUGUAUGCAGGAGAAAUUGAAUUGGAUUAAUAGGAAAUGAAAGGUGGUGUUGUUAAAGAAGACAUUUAAUGAAUAAAAAACAUCUCCAAAAGGAUUUUAAGCUGAUCCUGUUUAGUUAAAAGAUAAUAUUUUCAACUGUAAGUUAUGGAAACUUGUUAUUGCUUUCAGAUCUGUGAAAUAGGCCAUUAUUUGUGAUUAAAAAUGUUUCAAAAGGUUAUCAGUUCCAGUCUGAAAAGCCUUGUAUACAAGAUCUUUGGUAAAUACCCACUUUUUCAUGUUUCAUGCAUAUUAGAAAAUCACCACGAAGCAAGAAGCAUGCAGUCUAUAAUCACUUAGACAUCAAAACCCAGAAAAAAAAAUACAAGCCAGGUUUCAUAAGCAUUUAAACCUCUAUGGUAGGAUCAGAAAUUCAAGUGGUUUCAGAGUGGUUUUCUUUUAAUUAAAUUGUUCUAGUGUUUUCAUGAGCAAGUAUGUCAAAAUGCAGAAGAGAAUGAGAACGUACACAACAUAGAUACAAAUGAGUCCAAAGGCCUUAGUGAACCCAGGAAAAGAAGAUUGCUUACAGCUUUUGUUGUUUUAUAUUUUAGUUAGGUAUUUAUAAGAUUGUUUUGAAAACCAAUAUGAAUUAUGAAAUCAUUAAAGCUUUGCUAGCCCUAGUAUGUUUAGACUUUAUUUCAUACUUUAUCUCUAAGUGUAAACUCUACCAGAUUUCACAAAAAGUAGGAAUUGCUUUGUAUGACUUAGGCUGUAGUUGCACCAAACAAAUAGCCGAUUAGUAUGCAAAGCUGGUGACUGACAACUCAGUUUUCAUGUACAAUGUGUUUGCUUUGUGAAGGUGAAGACUGUUGGUCUGUAGAAAGAAAUUGAAUGUAAUUUUAAGUAAUUUUCUUUUAAAGAUGAACAUAAUUAUUUAGCAAAGGAUAUUUUAAAUAAAUGCAAAACAACAGAUGGACUGCUAUAUGUCAAAGACUGAUUAUCUGGAAAACAUACAUUCUUUAUGGAAUUGAGAGUCAUUCAGAAAAGACUUCUUUUGUGUUCAGUCUACAUUUUUCCUGUGUGGUAAACUUUGGAAAAAAAAUCUUCACACCAUGGUUAUUUUUCUACCUUUUAUAAAAGAUAAAGCCUGUUUUCUCAUUUAACUGCUAUAGAAAGUUGGUUUGAAAUUGAACAUCCUAACCUCAAUUCACACUCCCAAGGCACUUAAGGAAAGAUGAUUUAACAGUGAAUAAAAUGAUUUAUAAAGGCCAAUAAUGAUCUCAGGAAUUACAUUUCCCUACAGAGUAGAAAAUAGUGUCACAAAGCCGUAAUGCAGACCUGAUGAAUAUUUAACAUGUAUAUGAAUGUACAUUCCAUUUUAUGACUGACAAAAAAUUAUUGUUUGACCAAAUAGUAAACACCUUUGAAACCAUGCAUUGUGUGAUUCAUUAUUAAUUUUAAGUAUGUAUCUUGAGUGACUUCCAUAUAUUU